AUUUAAUCACAUGAUUUCAAAAUGGCGGAACCCAUGGAACAGGAACAAGGAAAAUAGGCGAAAGAAUAAAUUCAGCUUCUUAAUUAAUACUAAUGAUGAUAAAUUGAUCCUCUGAAAAUUAUCAUAAUAUGUUGACAAACAGUCUGCACUAAGUGGAGAAAAUGUCUGACAUUGAUGUAGCAGUUGACCCUCUCCAAGUCGAAAACCAGAAAUCAGAGAACAGACGUUGGAGUCCAACUGGUACAGACAGGGACUCAGAUCCACUUGGUCUAAGGGAUACUGUAGUGCACUUGGACUCACUGACAAGAUGGAAUCUAACAGCAUUGCCCUUAGCAACUGAUAGUGAUGAUCAGAGUUCUCCGGUUGAUGAUGAUGAAAAGAAAUCACCUUUUCCAUGGAGAAAUGAUCUCAAUAAUAAGAUUGUUUUGUGGAAAGGUGACAUUACAGAAUUGAGUGUUCAUGCUAUAGUACAUUCCACCAAUGAGAAAAUGACAGACAGGUCUCACAUCACUGAUAAACUGUUCACCAAGGCCGGUCCUAAACUACAAGCUGAUAUUAGGAACAAUAUCCGAGUUUGUAAGACGGGUGAAGCUAAGAUAAGUGAAGGUUUUGAAUUGUUAUGCCGAUAUGUGAUCCACACUGUAGGUCCUAGAUAUAAUGUAAAGUAUGUUACUGCAGCUGAGGGAGCCUUGUUUAGUAGCUACAGAAAUGUUUUACAACUAGUCAGAGAGAAUUCUGUACGUUCUCUCGGUUUGUGUUGUGUUCAUUCCAACAAGAGAGGAUACCCGCCAGGAGAGGGUGCUCAUAUAGCCAUCAGAACUGUAAGAAGAUUUCUGGAGAAGUAUGGAAAUGAUGUAGAUGUUAUAAUAUUUGUCUGUGAUGACGAAACUUACCCUGUUUAUGAGACUGUGUUACCUCUGUAUUUUCCUCGAAAUCCACAAGAACAAUGUGAGAGUUUUUCCCGGCUCCCUGAAGAUAUAGGGAACGAAAUGGGGGAACCAGUAAUACCAGAAAGACAAAUCAGAAUCAGUGAUAAACCAACAUUCAACCCCACAGGUUCAACAGAGGAAGAUGAACUUGAAAAGACAGUGGACUUAAAUGAGGAAUUUGGAAAGUCAAUAAACGGUUCUGUAGGUCAGCAUCCUUUUGCAAGCAUGCAAGAAGACCCAGAUCAGCAAAAACAGCGCCAUCCUAGGUCUGCUCAUGAAGUUAGGCAUAUAGAACAAAAGAAAAGGUAUGAGAGGUUAUUAAAGCGUGCCAGAACUGAAGAUCUCACUGAAAUAUCAGCCCUACGCUGUCUAUAUCGUACUGGUCAGGACAGAUUUGGCCGACCUGUUAUAGUAUUUGUAGGCAAAAACUUCCCAGCUAAUACUGUUGAUAUGGAAAAGGCAUUGUUAUAUAUGAUACGGUUGAUGGACCCAGUAGUUGACAGAGAUUAUGUUGUUGUGUAUUUCCAUACAAAAACUACCAGUGAUAAUCUACCACCGAUGAGUUAUUUGAAAAGUGUUUAUCAUACUCUUGAUCAUAAAUAUAAGAAAAAUUUGAAGUCUUUCUACAUAGUUCAUCCUACAUGGUGGUCAAAGUUUGCAACAUGGUUUUUCACAACAUUCACAGCAUCUGAUAUUAAGCAGAAAGUUCAUUCCCUGAAAGGUGUACAGUUUCUCUAUGCAAAGAUUAAUCCAGAUCAACUGGAUAUACCUCCAUUUGUUCUAGAUCAUGAUAUACAGGAAAAUGGACCAAGAUAUUUCGUGCCAUUUGAUGAGGGAACUGUGGAGGAAUUAUGAUACAACAUGCAUGUAUUAUAUGACUUAUUCUUGUUUGUAAAUCUGUCUGUGAUGUUUUAGAGUGUGCUAAACUAAGCCAUAUAUAGCUCGCCAUACAUUUUUAUUAUGAUAUGUAAAUUGUUUCUGUUACUGAAUUGAGAUAUUUGAUAUUUUGGACUUUUGUUUUCAUUACGUCUUUCUUAAUAAGUAAAAAUUAAAGUGUUUAAGUAAUAACACAUGGGAAAAAAAUCACAUUUUUUUAACAAAUCGUCCUUAGUUAUUUGUCUUGACACUGAUUGUAAUUUCAUUUUGUUUUCUCAAAAAGUCUGUUGACUCAAAUUAAUUAACUUAGGUUUGUUUAAGAAAUAAUAUAUCUCGUUUAGUGAUUUGUUGUUGAAUAAAAUCAUUGUUUGGAGUUCAGAUGCUAAAGAAUUAUAUCACGAGAGCAAAUUACCCAGUCACUUCCGACAGACCAUCAUGGUAGAUGGGCUGACAUGUUCUACAAUGAACUCUUGUUUAUGUAAUGAAACUAUAAGCUUAAGCUAAAGUUAUCUGUAGAUGUAGGCAUAAGACAGUAUUUUUGAAAAGACUGAUUUGUGAAAGAAAAUGAUAAUCACUAUUUGUAGAACCAAAAUGUUAAAAUCUUGAAAACUGUGUCCAGGUUUUAUCACAGUUUUCAUUGUAUUUGUACUCAACUUCGGCAUAAUAUAAAAAUUUAUAUCUUGUAUCUAAACAAAUUAUAUACUGCACUAUGUGAUAUCUGAGACAUCCGUACUAAGAUUUCAAAAUACUCAAACUAUACAGAAUAUCUAAGUUUUUUGUUAUGACACAAGCUCAGCUAUUUUCGAUAGUGUCAGAUUCUAUGAUAUGCUCAGUCAGAUGUGAAAUCGAAGGCCAGAAAAACAGUUUUUUUUAUAGAUUUGCAAACAUUUACAUCUUUUUUUUUUAAAUAGACAUUUCUGAGAGUAUUUAAACAUUUUCAAAAUUAUAUACAUGUAUUGUUGAUGCCUAGGGAAAAUACUACAAAGAAAACCCACAAAAUGUUUUCUCUGUUGUGCAAAUCUUUUUCACCAACUUUUGAUUUUUGCUUCAGUUUGUCUUUAAUGCCAGAGAAAUAAUUAGAUUUUCAAAAUUUGCUUGUAAUUGUUUUUUGAUAUUAUGAAUAUUGAUUGCACAAAUAUAAAAAUAAAUGUAGAUGUCUUACUAUUUUUGGCUCAAUUAUCUGAAAUGUUUCAUGUAACAAGAGCUUUUAUUGUCACCCUUUUGUUGGCGUCCGUGUUGGCGUCCAUGUCAAGGAAGUUUUGCAUGCAAACAUGUUUCUCAAAAAUGACUAGGCCAAAUGCUUCCAAACUUUACUUAUGUCUGUAGUGUCAUUAGAUGACCUCAAAGGACAAGUUAUUCUAUUUUUAUGUUGUCAAAAUGAGACCCAUUUUUAACUUAGUAUUUUUUUUAUGUUUUUUUUAUGUUUCUCAGAAACUACAAGACCAAGUGCCUUUAGACUUCUAACGUACCUUCAAUAUCAUCCACCAGCCUCACUGGACAAGUUACAUAAUCCUUGCCUUCAUUUUGGAAAAAUAUGCGUCUUUUUCACUUAGAAAUUUUGUUGAAGGUUUUGUAUAAUAUCAGGAAUUUAUUAUACUGAAUGCCUUCAAACUCUUCAUAAGUCAUGAAAUGAGAAUUCUGAGGAAGGUUCCCUGUCUUGAACUUAGUUUACAGAGUUAUGCCCCUUCUACAACUAAAGAAAUUUUUUGUAAGCUGGUAUUUUAUGGAAGGUCUCAGAUAAUCUAGGGCACUGUCAUUAGACCACUUUUUUUUUACAGAAAUUUCACAAGUAUUGGUAGUAUGAAAAUAUAUAUAAAUGAUAUAACUUAAUGCAAGUUUUAUAGUUAAAAUGCUUUUAUGAUCUUUAAUGGUACCCAACUGUGUAGUGUUUUCUGCAUACAUGUAUUUUAAAUAGCAAAUCAUUCCUAAUUUGUAUAUAUUGAAAUAAACAAUGAUGUAUUAUUGGCAGUGGCUAAGAGUCCGGUCUUGGACUGAUAUAUGGGCUGACUAGAGCUACUGUUACAGUAGUAGAUAUAUUAAUAAGUAUUGUUUAAUGGUAAUUAGAAGAUGUUCUACUGGGGCGGAGCCUUUAAUGUAAUGUCUUCUGACUGGAAGUAAUAGGUUAACUGGAAGUAAUGUGACCAGUUACCACCUGUAAAAACUACUGGUUAUGAUAAAAUCAUGCAGGACAAACAGAAUUUACUUGUAAAAACAAAUCUUAAGGCCCUUUAAUUUACAAGUCAUUUUCGGAUAUUUACAAAAAUCCACAGUUAAAAGUUCUAUGAUCAGAUUGAUAAAAUUACUUUAAGAUUUAAGAGGGUUAAGAAUAUAAUCAAUGCUUUUAUCAAUAUCAGUGUUUUUCUCUUCUGAUUGAAUGAUCAGUGAAUUGAACACUAGUAUUGUAGAAAGUGAGUAAAUAAACACUUUUAUCGUACAUGUUAAAGUCUGGUUACUCUAACUAGACAAGUCAAGAACUAACUAUUUUAUAUAUAGCAUCCAUAUUACACGAUUUGAUUACCAUACCUAACAUCUAGACUCCCGGUCUAGAGAUAGUCCUGCCUGACCCAUAGCCACUGCCUAUAUUAUUCAGUUCUGGAUGCUUUACGUACAAUGGUGCAAUAAUUUGAAAUUUUGAUUCACUUGUUAUGCUUAUAAGCUGCUUAAUUAGUUUUAUAUAGUAUACUUUUUUUAUUAGCUCACCUGUUGCAUAGUGACAGGGUGAGCUUUUGUGAUGGUACGUCGUCCAUCUGUCCAUAGGCCAUUUGUCGUCCGUCUACAAUUACUUGUGAACACGAUAGAGUCCACAUUUUGCAACCGAUUUUAAUUAGACUUGCACACAACUUGUAUUGGCAUAAUAUCUUGUUUACUUUUGAAAACUGGCCAGAUCCCAUCAUGGGUUCCAGAGUUAUUGACCCUUAAAGGGGUCAAAUUUGCUAUUUUGGCUUUUGCAGUCAUAUAGAGACUUCAUUUAUGGUUUGAUAUGAAACAAACUUGCAAAAUGUCUUUAACAACAAUAGAUCUUGGAUUUCAUGAUGAAUCAGUCAGAUCCAAUCAUAGGUUCCAGAGUUACGGCCCCUGAUUGACCUCAGAAAGUGCCAAAAUUUGUUAAUUUUGACCUUGUAAACACAAUAGAAGUGACAUUUUACAUUCAAUUUUAACCACACUUACACACUACUGAAGUCACAAUAAGAUCUCGGUUCCUUUCGGAAACGGCUAAAUGCCUUCAUGGAUUUUAGAGUUGCUGCCCCUGAAAGAGUCAAAAUGUUCUAUUCUGGUCAUUUCAGCCAUAUAGAGGUUUCAUUUAUGCUUUGAUUUGAUACAAACUUGCAUAGAAUGUUUAUCUUGAUGAUUGUUAACAUUCUAGAGUCCAUAUUUAUGACCCUAUCUUCAUGAAACUUGGUCAGAAAGUUUCUCUUGAUGAUUCCUAGGUAAAGUUUUAAACUGGGUCAUGUGGGGGUCAAAAACUAGGUCACCACUCAAAUCAAAGGAAAAGCUUGUUAACACUGUAGAGGCCACAUUUGUGACCCUAUCAUCAUGAAACUUGGUCAGAAUGUUUAUCUUGAUGAUUCCUAGGCCAAUUUUAACAGGUGAGCGAUAUAGGAUCACCAUGACCCUCUUGUUUUUUUUUACCUUUCUAGCAUAGCAUGGUUUAUCAGAAACAAAAGCUUCAUAACAUCAAGAAUGAAUUGUUUUCUUCCAUCUGUUGAAAGAACAGAUUACUUUACAUUUUUGCCUCUUCUAGGUAAGGAAUGAAAUAGAAAAUAGCGAAAACUUCUUCCAACUGAAACAAUGUGAAGAGUAACCAUAUUAUAUUUUUCCAGAAGAGGAGGACAUGACGAAAUAGAACAUGUGACUAUUCAUUUCGGUACUGUUUCAUGCUAAUCAUGGUGUUGCAUAGCAAGUAUUGUACUUGUGAAAUCAAAAUUUAGCUUUAGUUGAAUAAUUGAAACGCUUAUUAUUUUGGGUAAGGAUCUACUACACAUACAGAGCUUGUUGUUGAAAUUUAAGAAAGUUUAUGGGUUUUUUUUGGUAGUUGAAAAUGUCUGUUUUGUUUAAUUGAGAAAUGAUUAUUUAAUGUUGAUCAACAACAUGCUAUUUUGUACAUAUCCAAAGAUUACUUAUUGUUAAUACAGGGUUUGUACUAAGUACGUAUUGAAAAUAAAACAUUGAUAGAUUU